AUGUAUGAAACGGCGGAGUUAUUGUUCGUCUUAACUUCUUUUUAUUCAAUCGCCCACUACGACGACUUCAAUUCAGCGUUCAUCUCUCAGGGAUGGUAUCGGAUCUGUAUAGAUAUGUGGACUAGGUUUCUCGACGGAUGCGGUGUCAAUGGAUCAUCCGAGGAGAAAUCUUUCACCGUCGCGUUGCAAAAUCAACGUGGACAAGAACUGUUCGAACCAAACAGAGUGAAUAGUAUCGGUUUAGGCAGAAACUGUUUGGAGUGGUUGGAGCUAUAG